AUGGCAAACAAAGGGAACAAGAAACGUCGGCAGUUCUCCCUGGAGGAGAAAAUGAAAGUUGUGGAAGCUGUAGACUCAGGCAAGAGGAAAGGCGAUGUAGCAAAAGAAUUCGGUAUCACUCCUUCUACUUUGUCUACAUUCUUAAAGGAUCGCGUCAAAUUUGAAGAAAAGGUGCGGGAGGCAACUGUGGGACCCCAGCGGAAAAGGAUGAGGAAUGCUCUCUAUGACGACAUUGAUAAGGCUGUUUUUGCUUGGUUUCAAGAAAUCCAUGCCAAAAACAUUCUCGUGACUGGUUCUGUCAUUCGGAAAAAAGCACUGAACUUGGCCAACAUGCUUGGCUAUAACAAUUUUCAAGCAAGUGUGGGCUGGCUGAACAGAUUUAGGGAUCGCCAUGGAAUUGCUUUGAAAGCAGUCUGUAGAGAGGAUAGUGACAGAUUAAUGAAUGGUCUAGGAAUAGAUAAGGUUAAUGAGUGGCAUGCAGGGGAAAUUAUAAAACUGAUUGCUGACUACAGCCCAGAUGAUAUUUUUAACGCUGAUGAGACAGGAGUGUUUUUCCAGUUGCUUCCCCAGCACACGCUUGCUGCUAAAGGGGACCAUUGUAGAGGGGGCAAGAAAGCAAAGCAGCGGUUGACAGCACUCUUUUGUUGCAAUGCUUCAGGGACUGAAAAAAUGAGACCAUUGAUUGUUGGUAGGUCAGCCAACCCACGCUGCCUCAAGAACGUCCAUUCCCUCCCUUGUGAUUACCGAGCCAACCAGUGGGCAUGGAUGACGCAGGAUCUGUUUAAUGAGUGGCUGAUACAAGUGGAUACCAGGAUGAAGCAGGCGGAACGCCGGAUCCUCCUGCUUAUCGACAACUGCUCUGCUCACAACAUGCUUCCACGCUUGGAAAGGAUUCAAGUGGGGUACCUGCCCUCAAACUGUACUGCCGUCCUGCAGCCACUGAAUCUUGGCAUAAUUCACACCAUGAAAGUGCUGUACAGGAGCCACCUUCUAAAACAGAUCCUGCUCAAGCUCAACAGCAAUGAGGAUCAAGGAAAAGUGGACAUCAAGCAGGCCAUUGACAUGAUUGCUGCAGCGUGGUGGUCAGUCAAGCAGUCCACAGUGGUGAAAUGCUGGCAGAAGGCAGGCAUCAUCCCUAUGGAACUGACAGAUUCUAACACAGAAGCAGCAGCUAUUGAACCAGAUAUUGCCAUCGAAAAGUUGUGGCACUCAGUGGCUAUUGCCACCUGUGUCCCAAAUGAAAUAAAUUUCCAGGACUUUGUCACUGCAGAUGAUGAUCUCAUCAUCUCUCAGGAGCUGAUGGACACAGAGGUCAUCCAGGGCAUGGUGGCCAGUGAAAAUACUGAUGAAGCUGGAAGUGAAGAUGAGGGGGAGGCAUCUUUACCACAGCAGCCAAAAAUCACCAUCACAGAGGCCAUCUCAAGUGCACAGAAACUUAGACGGUUCCUUUCCACUUGUGUAGGCGUUCCUGAUGCCAUUUUUGGGCAGCUAAAUGGCAUAGAUGAAUAUUUAAUGAGAAGAGUGACACAGACUCUUGUUGACUCCAAAAUUACAGAUUUCCUGCAAACAAAAUAA